AGGUUCAUAGUGGAGGAUGGAGGACAACCAAUCCACUCUCUCAUCGUUCAUCGUCAAGCUCACCCUCAUGCUCAAGGAUGCUACAGCAUACCCUUACAUCUCGUGGUCUCACUCCGGGGAGAGCAUAGUCGUCACAGACCCAACUGCGUUUGCCAUAAAAGUUCUGCCGAGGUAUUUCAAACAUGGAAAUUUUGCUUCUUUCGUCAGGCAGCUCAAUCUCUACGGAUUUCACAAGACUUCGCAAGAGGCAACAGCUUGCGAAUUCACCAACCCCCUGUUUCGGAGGGGAGACGAGCACCUGCUGAAAGCUAUCAGGAGGAAGGUACCGAAAGACCCGCAAGACAAGGAGCUCUUCAACGUUGCGUGCGAGAGCGAGAGGCUGAUGAAAGACUUUGCUGACUUGAGAUCCAAGUAUGAGAAGCUUGAAAGUGCACUGCAGCAGAAGGAGGCUGAGAAGCAGAUGAUCGUCAACGAGCUCAUGCAGAGCAAGCAGCGACAAGAGGUCUUUGAAGCCCGUCUUGACAAGAUGGUUCAAGUCUUGAUGAAAGCUUGCUCUUCUGUCGGAAUAUCUCCCCUGCCCUGCUCGGGCAGCAAGCGGCAGAUCAUGGACUUGGACGGCAAGAGCAGCGUCAAGCGCCCUUGCCUGCUGGAGGGGAUUGACGGAGAGAUGGCGGGCGGGAGGAUCGACCAUGUGAAGAUGGACGAGUGGCUUGACUCUCUUCUUACUGAUACUCUUGGGGAUGCCAAGAAUGCACUAAAGUCCCAAGAAUGGACGGCAGGGCGCGAGCCUCUCAAGCUCACCAACGGGAAGCAGAGCAGCCGGAAAGAUAGCAUGGAGGAAGCAGCGAAGCAGCAAGACAGCAUCGUCCUCGCUCUGGACGAGCCGCUAGAGGAGGUGCUGUUCGAGCAACAUGCUCCUCUCGAGAUUGGCGACGGCCCUGCUGCAGACCUGUCAGAGAACAUGGUAGCCAGCAUCGCACAGCCAGCAGCGAUGCCGUUGGAGGAGGCACCAGCACAGCUCGAGAGCGUGCGGCUCGAUAGUCAGACCCUCGAUCUCGACAACUUGCUGGGCAUUUCGGAGCAGGAGAACGACUUGGAAUCACUGAUGGGUGCUCAGCAGUCAGUUGGGAUGCGGGCGGGAUCGUUACUGUUGCCUCGGACGGAGAUCGCAAGUAAAGUGUGAAGAAGGUUGUACAAACAAAGUGAAGGCCUGUUGGCUCGGUGAUGUAAUGAAUGUAUUUUACUUAC